GUAGAGAAGGAAACAUUACCCAACAAACAAAAGAAGAAAGUUUUGGCAAUAAGAGAGCGCACAAAGACAUCCAACUCUCCCUAUCUCGUUUCUCGGGCCACCAGUUCACGAAUAUCAAGGCCAAUAUAUGUUUUCUUUUCCGGUUUUACCCUUCUCUCUAUUUUAGUUAUUUAUUUCAUGAAUUACUAUUAAUUACAUUUAUUUUUAUGCAUUGUUUUAUUAGUUUCCGAACAUAGCGAAAGACAGAAGAGAGAGACUCCAAGAAGUUAAAAAAAUUUUUAAUGGAUGCUUCGAUCUAAUGCCCCUUCAGUUGCAAAGAAACCUCGCAGAACCAAACCCAUUUAAUUGGGGUUGCUUUUGUGGAGGGAAUUUAGCAUUCGGAUCAUUUAAAAGGAUGUCUCUUUGAGGUGAGUUUCAUGGGUUGAACUCAAAAAACAAUCAUGGGUAGCUUAAUUGACGACGAAGAAUGUCAAUUUUUUGAUGCCUCUGAGGACAUUGCGUCAAUCUCUGAUGCAAGUCCUGAGAGCAAUGAUAUUUACUCCUGCUAUAGUGGUGGCAAUAUGCUUGGGAGUAGUUUUCAAUAUGAUGUUUGGCUUAGGAGCCCAAAGAGUGUCCAGGAAAGGCGGACUAAAUUCUUGGACUGGAUGACGAAAAGCGUUGAUCGAGCAUCAAGUUAUAGUUUUGUAGAUGUGAGUAAGUUACAAGGAGAGUUUGAUAGAAUUAAUGAGAGUAGUGAGGCUGUGUUGAGAACAUAUGGGUUUGAAGAGGAGUUUCGAUCAAGCAGGUCUUCAAUGUCAUGCUGGUCUAAUGAUAAUUUGGAUUUGCUCGAGGAGAAAUUUGUUUGUAGAGAUGGAAAUUUGGGUGGGGGGAUGGUGGGUGAUGGGGAUGAAAUUGGGCAGGAUGGGCAGACCAGUGAUGGCCAAGAAAUGAACACAGAGAACAAUUGUGGGUCACUGUGCUCAUUUCAUCAGCUUGUGGAGGAUGACGCAGAGAAGACAGAUAAUUCUGUGGGAAUGGUGAAGACAGUUAAAAAAGGGUGGUUAAAUAGAUUGCUUUCCUUCUCUUGUGCUAUGGAUAACCAAGGAGAGGCAGAGAAAUUAAGCCCCAACAAAGAUGAUGCAAUUUUAUGGUCCAGGGUUCAGAGAGUAAAGGUGCGACAAUGUAAGAAGAGUUCCAAAGAACUUUCGGCUCUUUAUAAGGGGCAAGAAAUCCGGGCCCAUGAGGGUUCAAUAUUGACAAUGAAAUUCAGUCCUGAUGGGCAGUAUCUUGCAAGUGCUGGGGAAGAUGGGGUUGUGCGGUUGUGGCAGGUGGUAGUGGAGGAAAGAUUGAAUGAACAGGACAUUCCAGAAAUUGAUCCCUCUUGUGUAUACUUCACGGUGAACCAUCUCUCUAAAUUGAAGCCUCUAUUCACAGAUAAAGAGAAAAUGAAUAUAUCAAGGGCCCUGAGAAGAACAUCAGAUUCAGCUUGUGUAAUAUUUCCUCCAAAAGUCUUUCGGAUAUUGGAGAAGCCAUUACAUGAAUUUCAUGGGCACAGCAGUGAGAUAUUGGAUCUCUCAUGGUCGAAGAAUAAUUACUUGCUCUCAUCUUCAGCUGAUAAAACUGUACGCUUGUGGCGAAUAGGGAGUGACCAUUGCCUCAGAGUCUUUCCACAUAGUAACUAUGUAACCUGUGUUCAGUUCAAUCCUAUUGAUGAUAAUUACUUCAUGAGUGGCUCAAUAGAUGGAAAAAUUCGCAUUUGGGCAGUUUCUGAUUGCCAUGUUGUUGAUUGGGCUGACGUCAGAGAUAUAGUUACUGCUGUUUGUUAUCGUCCUGAUGGCCAGGGAGCAAUUGUUGGAUGUAUGACGGGCAAUUGUCGCUUUUACAGUAUGUCAGACAAUCACUUGCAACUGGAUAAUGAGAUAUUCUUGCAUGGUAAAAAGAAGUCUCCCUGCAAAAGGAUAACUGGCUUUCAAUUUUUGCCACAAGACUCAAGCAAAGUAAUGGUUACUUGUGCUGAUUCACAAGUCAGAAUCCUUCAAGGCCUUAAUGUGAUUGGAAAAUACAAAGGUGUUGCAGGAAACCAGCUAUCUGCAUGUUUCACCUCAGAUGGAAAGCAUAUGGUCUCCACAUGUGAGGAUUCCAAUGUGUAUAUAUGGAAUUCUAUUGAUCAUGAAGAGCCUGCUACUGAAUCAAAAAGUAUUAGGUCUUGGGAGCGUUUUACAACCGAUGCAUCUGUCGCAAUUCCUUGGUGUGGCUUGAAAUGUGGGAACCCAGAGAAUGAUUGGCAAUUUAAUGUCUCUAAUGAUAAUCCUGCAGAAACCCUGUCAUUGUUUUCUCCUGCUCAUUUCAAUCUGAGCCAAGAAUAUUUCUUGGAGUCUUUUCCCAAGGGAUCUGCGACUUGGCCUGAAGAAAAUCUACCUGCAUUAAACCCGUUGUCCUCAGCAUCUCCAAUGCAUAAAUCCCAAUACAAGUUCUUAAAAAGUUCAUGCCAGAGCACAUCUAGUUCUCAUGCAUGGGGUCUAGUUAUAGUGACUGCUGGGUGGGAUGGACGAAUUAGAUCGUUCCACAAUUAUGGAUUACCAGUACCUGUUUGAAUUUCUUGCAGAAUGGCAGUGCUUUCAGAAAGUCGAAUCUGCUCCACUGUUAAGCACUUUACUCAUUUAGUGCCCACCAUUGUUCAGUGCCUGCUGCAAAUAAUUGACAUGGAAUUUUGGCAGUGUCAGUUCGGACAAGAAUUUAGGGUUCGAAAACUUCAUGAGCAUGUGCACUUGGAUUGACGUUUGAGAAUUCAGGGGGUCCUCAGAUAUCAUAGGCCUACUGUAAUUUUAGGUCAUGACAGCUGUCAAUGUUUCCAAGGCUGCAACGUAAUCUGGCUUGGUUUCAGCAAGUGGUUGAGGUUAGCUUAUCUGUGUAUUAGUUUAAUUUUAUGAUUUAUUUCUUGAAAGAAAUUCUUGUCUGCCGGCCCAGAAAAAGAUACGCAAGUCAUGUGUUAGGAGAGGCCAGUUUAGAUAUUAUCUUCAUAAUGGAGGUGCCUGUGGGGUCUUAUGUAUUCUCUUCCUUUAGCUCUUUAGUAAGCAAGUGGAAGAUUUUAAAGCUGGUGGUCUGAGUUAAUUUGGGGAAAUCAAAUGGUGGGAACUUGGCUAUUAUGACUUGUUGGGUGGUCUGAAUCAUUGAAUUUUUUGUCUGCCAUUUCUGGUUUGUUUCAUCUCCAUGGUAGGGUCAGUUUCACCUGGGCUAGGUGAUGACGAUUUACGACAAGUUUCUCAACCAUUAAAUAUUACAAGGUUCAACAGACUCUCCAGUUUAAAAGGUUGAGAGAUUUUCAGAGACUUGGAUGAACAUUUCAAUUGGCAAACCAACUUUUGCCAAUGGAUGAUGAUGAGCAGGCACUUGACUAACUAUUGAGUAUUUAACUUGCAGAGUUUGUGAAUUUAUUGAGAGGAAAUUAGCCUGAGAUGACCUUGAUUUAGUUUUGAUUAUCAGGGCUCUUGUGUUUGGUUUAGCAUAGAGGAAAUAUCAUUUUUUCCAUAUUGUAGCAUAUAUGUAAGUCAAGUUACUAAUGUAAAUAAAAUUUUCCAGGUAGCUCAUUCUACA